AUGUUCACUGAUGCAGGUGGAGCGCUUCAGUGUCAGUACCAUGAACUGUAUAGUCAGGACAGUCUAACAUACUCCUACCAAAACUGUGCAGCCAAUGAGUAUUGUGCAGCAGCUGGCAUACAAGAUACCUUUGCAAGCCAACAGUGGAAAUCAUGUGUGGCGUCCUCCACCUGUGAUCCAAGCAAUCAGACCUUUUCGUUCAACUUUGGCGUGUAUAAUCUCACCGCACUAGUUCACUGCUGCAACACAGAUGGCUGCAACAGUGGCAAUGUAACCUACCCUGCUGUUCAAACAGCAAACAGCCUGCAGUGUUUCACCUGUGACGACUUUUCCACAAGUCCUGUCUGUAACAAGACCAUGCAGUGUGUGGGAGUCCAGGAUCGCUGCAUUAGUUGGAACAUGAUGACAUCUGACAUGAUAAAAAUCUCUGGCUGUGCCUCCAGAAACUUCUGUGAAGCUUCUCCUGAGCUGUUUUCCCUGUUUGGCAUUUUCAGCUACAUCAAAUCCAGAGGCUUCAUGUUGCCAGAUAUAACGCUGUGUAAUCCUCAGAGUCCUGGCAAACCGAAACCUGGGUUAACAGGCUGGAAAUCGGCUCUGAAUGAGCUGCUCGCCCUCGUCCAAGCUGCAGCACUUCCCUGCAUACCUCUCUGA